AUGACAACAAGAUCAUGGUUUCAACAAUCUGCACAAGUUCGUAACUCAUUGAGUUCUGAAGAUGCAGCAACAGCCCUUAUUAAUAUCUCAAAAGCGCCUUAUUCAAAAGUUACUGACGAGAGAAUAAAUACGUUGAUGAAGCACAUCAAAAUUAUUGGUGGUCACGUCAUGGGUUCAGCUCAUUCCCGAUCAGCUCUUCUGUUGGGCGGUGUACUUGGUCCUGCAAAAGCGUAUUUCGGCACUGUAGAGAGUCAAGGAAGAGGAUCGCUCCAUUUACAUCUCUUGAUUUGGCUCAAUCAUGAAUAUACUCCAGCACAAUUGAAAGAAAAUAUUCAAAAUCAAGAUUUUCGUGAAAAUUUACUAAAAUAUUUAGAAGAUAUUAUAAAAGAAGAUUUAGAUUCGUUUCGAGGACAAAUUGAAUCGACAGCAAGUGAAGUUAUACCACCAUGUCUCCCGACACCAAAUCCUGCAUUGGAAGGCUUCGAUCAAACGUUUCGCAAAGAUGCAGUUCAAUUGGUCGAAACCUGCAAUAUUCACAAGCAUUUUGCAGCUUGCUAUAAAUAUUCUAAAGGCAAAAAUGAGAGUUCAAAAAUUUGUCGAAGGCGCAUGCCACGUGCACUAGUGAAGAAGGCUAUCGAUAAAUCGGAUCGUCAUUUACUAAAAAAUGUAACCGAUCCUCAGGGCCAACAAUUACCUACAGAAGGAACGAAAAUGAAUGAACGUCAUACAUUUGACAGCGUACAUCCACAAUCAACAUCUCAUCUCAUAAUUAAACGUUCCAUUCCAGUAGUACCAGUUCUGACAGGUCCUCAAAUACCUCGCCGCGAACGAGAAGAAACACAUGAACGUUAUUGUCGCGCGUUGUUAACAUUAUUCGUGCCAUGGCGAUCAGUCGAGAACCUUUGUGCAACGAAUGAGACAUGGUCUGAAGCAUUGGAAGCUCGAAGGCUGUUGAUCUCUCCCAACUCGCUUAAGAUUAUAGAAAAUAUAGAACUUUUGCACGAAUGCAAACACGAUCGGGAUGAACAUCUUCAUCAAGUUCUUUUAGAAGCCCAAAACGACAACAGCAUUGACCCUAUUUUGAUGCCUAAUUACUAUGAAGGCGACGAAAAUGCAGAAGAAGACGAUCCUGAACAACUUUUGCAAAUGCUCUCCAUCGUAAAUGAGAUCUCGACAAACACUUACUCUGCAUUGGCAGCUACUCAAGAACAACGCUAUGUUCAUGAUGCAUUACAAGCAAUUGAUAAUACAGAUAGAUUUGCAUUACUAAAUGACAGCAGACACAUUUGGCACCAAAAUAAUUAUGGCACCAUACACGACAUCAACACAUUUGUGGUAGCUCACGCACAUCACAGCGUCAUGAUUAAAGGAUGGAAACGUGACAUUGAAGGUCGACGAGAUGAAGCAAGAAACUAUUUAAUUUCAGGUGAAAAUACUCUGGAAGUACGAGAUGAUGAAACACAGAUUGAAGUCGUAGCAACUGAAAUUCCAACAAGUCCCAUUAAAACGAGAGCUACAAGAGUUCCACCUGUGACUACAACCAAUGCAAUAUUAUUUCCAAUAAAACAAGAUAUUAUCAGACAAUUUACACUAAGCACUCAGCAAAAAUAUGCUUUUAUGAUUAUAACUAGUCACUUAGAUGGCGAAAAUCAUGCUUAUACCGGUAUAUAA